UCGAUGAUCCACUGUCAUAAUUUGACAUGCAGAAAUUCGCAGUCCAAAAUUUGCAGUAUGCUCCAAAAUAAUCUUGUUUGUUUCUUUCAUCCUAAUGGAAACAUCUCGAAAAAAUAAGAGGACAUAUUGCUCACCGAAACUCAGAGAUCUGAACGGAGGAUGCGACCAAGAUGACCAAGCUUACAGCCCAUCGAACAGUCCAAGUAACACCAAACAAAAUUCGAAUUCCACGAACUCUCCCGUUGUACCGAAGCACAAUCGUAAUCCACCUGCCAGGAACAAUAGGAAACAGAUAAAUUAUAAGAUUCAGAAUUACGCCAAGAUACUGUCGGAAAUACCGGAGAAAAUCAGCAGGGAGAAGAACCAAGAUCACUUAGUUUUCUCCACAGCCAACACGCAGAUUUUCCAAGCGAAAGUUACCUAUUUUCCAGGAAAAAAUUUGAACGAUUUACGCAGAGCUUUGACUUCGAAUAAAUUCGACGAAGGGGGGAAUGAUAAGUCGAGGAGUGAAAGAAAAAUCAACACACCUGAAAAAACCUUUGGGAAGCAUCUUAUAUGCCCGAAAAAAAAAUCGAAAAAGAUGAAGAUAGUCCAGAAACCUCUGAACACAAUCGCUGAGGUUAACGAGAAUGAUCGAUCGAAAGAAUCGCUCAUGAAAGCAGCUCAAAAGAAGGAAGAACCAAAAGAGAACUCUUCCUCCAUAAACAUGUCCUACACUGAUGUCAGCGAGAAUUACAAGCAGGCAACUGUUGUCACUGUUGAUAAGGAGAAAAAUGACUUCAAUACGAUUAAACCCGAAUACAAACAGAAGGAAUGCGUGUCCUAUUUGUUCGAAGAGGAUAAAUCUGUAUUCAAGCCGAAUUUCGAAGAAUACCAAUCGUCUGAGAAAUCCAGCUUACCAUCAGUGGAUGCUGAAGAGGAUAACAUAAAGCACGUUUUCCAGAUCAGGGAUAUGUUCGAGAAAAUGUCGAAGAACGAGAUUGUCCCUGAGAAAAAACGCGAAUUGAAGCAUCCAACAAUAAGCUUCGAUCCCCUUCAUUUCGAACAUACAAUAUCAUGCGAAGAAUGUCGCAGAAUCCUGAAAGAUCUGAUUGACACCGAGAACAUUUCGAAGAAAGAUAUGAAGUUGGCGAUGUCAGAGAUACCGAGCAACUCGGCAAGAAGGAUCGUAGACUCCUUGGUACAAGAAAUCUGCGAGAGGUCGUUGAACAACAAGAGCGAUAUAAGCUUCAAGAUAGAAACCAAGAACACCACCACUAUCUCGAAGUUUUCUUACAGGAGGAGUCGUAGAAGGACCAGAAGGAAGGGAAUGGACGAGCACGAUAUGCAGUUGAAUGAGAAGAAACAUUGAGUUUUUUGAAAGAGGAAGACUUGAGUUUGAUGGCGUAGGACUGACGUUCAGUCGAACGUGCAUAUUUCGUUUUACAAGGACGAAGGGAGGAUUCGAUAGUUAAAUUUGUAGUGAAAAUAAAAGCUUUUCAUGAUA